UACAAGCUUGUACCACCAUCUCCUAUCACACUAUCGCCCUCUCCUCCUCCCGCGGAGGUCGUCUUCCCUCUCCGCCUGACCCUCGCCUCCUGCCACAGCCCCCGCCCCCGCCACGGCGCCCAAGCUCGCCCUCCGACCCACAGCUCCUGGCCGCAGCGCACCACCUGAUCCCCAGAGUACUUGAGUUCCUCCUACUCCCAGCACUGUUCGUGUACCGGGCGUGCGGCGGGUGGUUCCUUGCCGAGUGACUGUCAGUUUAGGACCAGUUGAGCACUCAUCCAUAUCUAGUCAGGACCCGCCGUCUCACACCCUUAGCCUCGAGUGGACUUCGACUUGCUGGUGACCGUGAAUGAGACCUGAGUUAGGCGUUCGCUUGUGCAAGGGAAUCUGUGCUGCGAGUGUGUACCUAUUUUCCUCGACUGAGAAGAAAGGUCGACAUACUUCGAGGCUCCUUUGCAUAUUUGCGAAAGAAUCACCCAUGCGUUAGACCGCCGAUCCCACGACCUCAUCUCAGGAAAAGGCCAUUUCUCGCUGGACACAAGACCAAGGAGAACGACAGACCAGUUGGUGAAUGGAAACGCAGCUGAACAGAAGUGGUGAAAACGCUAUCUCCCUGACACGCGCGCGCCUCCGAAGUCCUCGUGAACUGAUGAUCUCAAGAAAGCGUUCCAAGUGCCGAAUUCAGCCAUUAACACAACAGCUUCCGUAAGAAGAUUAACUGUGACCGAGUGUUCAAGAAGUCACGCUUCAGCCACAUCCUAGCCACACCCACAGCAUCCUCCUGCUGCACAGCUUUCUACCUACGACCACCAGCCCAGAUGGACUCGCCCGGAGGAAGCUGGAACAGUAGCAGCAGCAGCGGCGGCGGCGGCGGCGGCAAGAAAGAUAAAACCGGCAGGAAGAACUCCAGCUUCUCCAGUGCCGGCUACUGCCCCGAGGAGUCCGGCAAGGCCUUCUACAGCACGAACAACAACGACUACAGUAAAUACAGUGGCAGUGGUAGUGACUACGGGCCUCAGGCUACGGGUUACAGUGACCUGAACAGUGAUUACGCUUCCCAGCCCCAAAACUCAGGGUAUAGUGACUACAAAUGCGACCCGUAUAGCACACAGUACAAUUGCCCAGGUUACAGUGACUAUCAGAACCACCAAUACCCAUCGCAGUGUUACAGUGACUGCACCAGCCCGCAGUGCCGCAGGGAUCAAAGCCCGAGCAACUAUAGCGAAUCAGGUUACAGUGACUACAGCCAGUACAGCGAUUACAGCAGACCGGAGUACCAGCCAGCCCUCUCGAGUACAAGUGACUGCCAAGGUGCUCUUCGGGUCAGUCAGUGCCAUAUCUAACCUUAAGCAGAAGAAAUGCACCAAGAAGAAGUAAGAAGUGAAAGCCUCGUAUGAACAGACCACAGAAGAAAUAUUGUCAGUUGUAUUAAAGUAUCCAUGUACUACUG